AUAGAUGAAGACUUUGCGAUUCGAUUCGAAUGCAUCCACAAAGCGGAUAGAAACGAGACAGUUGAUCGACUUUAUAACCACGUAACCUUGUCAAAAAAUAUGAAUAUCAAUAUAUGGAUGGAUUAAUAGCUCCAUGGAUGGAUAAACUAAAUUCGAUUGCCAUGGCGAACGGAAGAAGCAGCCUCCGCCCAUUUAUCAUAUUAUUUGUUGGAUCUUUAGUGCUAUACUUCAUCGUAAGACCACCGACAUCACCCAGUAGUUCAUCGAGUACCAGAACCACAAUCGUUGAGGAUGAGGACAGCGAACAUAUAGUUCUACUUAAAGAGAAAAUACUCCAUCUUGAAAGUUUGGUGAACAGACUAGAAAAAUCAGUGGACGUUAUUUCAAACCAAAGAGGUUCAAAUAUUCGAACUAGAGAACGCCAGUCGAAAGAAUCCUCUUCACGGCCGCUAAAGACAAACACGAUUGUUGAAAAAUUAUGGGUAUCAUCAUCCCUUUCGUCUGAGUCGUCAUCUACAUUGUGGUCGUCACUCGACUUCGUCGAUGAAAAGGAGAAUGAGCACGUCGAACCGAUCAAUAAUGACCAACUGGUAUAUAGCUGCCUGGAUGAUGACGGUGAUUCUGACGUCCUCCAAAACGAGAUGUCUCUCUUUGGGAAACCAAUAUAUGCCAAGAAUAAGACUAUUAUGUAUGUAACAAUGCCCAAGUGUGGAAGUCGUACUUUUGUAUGGACAGUCUUCAGACUACAGAUAGAUCACCACUUUGGAACUCCUGUUGGCCUUCCUUACAUGCUUGCGGAUGAACCGCCUGUAAAAAUGAGGAAAUAUUUCGAUCUUGCACUCAGACAAGUUCAAGACGGGGCUCUUGUACACGGCCAUUACCGCUAUAUCGACAUGAAUAGCUCACUGAAAAGUCCCGUGAUGAUCAGCAUUAUACGAGAUCCUGUGGAAAGACUCGUGUCCAAGUUCUAUUUCAUGCGCCAUGGCGACAUGGACAUGGACAAGGAGGAACUCCUGGAUAAAAUCCGUAGACGACGAAAUGGAGCUCUUCCUAACGAGACGAUAGAUGAUUGUGUACAAAAAGCCAGAGGUGAAUGCACUAGUAGUAUGUUCCGUAAUUUCUACAUCACAUCAUUUUGUGGAUACGAUCCUAAAUGCAGUAAAUAUCCCAACUACGCAUUGAAACAAGCCAAACUCAAUGUCGAUAAGUUCUUGGUAAUUGGUCUGGUUGAAGAAUACGAUCUCUCCAUGGCUGUCUUAGAAAAGCUUCUCCCAGAAACAUUCGGUGGAGCAGCUAAAAUAUACGCGGAAAAUAAAGAUCAAUCAAUGGAAAAAUCGAAAACAAGCUACAAGUUACCACCAUCUCCGAUGACUUACUCGAUCCUGAAACAAAAUUUGAAGAAAGACUACGAGUUCUACGAUUACGUGAAAAAACGCCUGCAUAAAGUCGCUAAGAAUCUUGGAAUCGGAUAUUGUGAUCGUUCAUUGUAGAUAGCGUGUCAUUUUUGGGUUGUGUUUUAUAAACUUACUUGUCUAUAAUAACCUGAAGCACAACUCUAUAGCAGGUUUGCUAUCAGCCAAUCGCAUCGAUUUUUUAAAAAUAGUUUUAAACUGUUACUGUAAAUGUGCUCAUACUAAAAGUUUCAUAAAAGUUUCAUGUCCAUAGGCUUCUGUGCCGAUCAAUAAAUAUUGAUACAUAUAUAUUUUACAGACCAAACAAGCAUUAUAUUAUACACCAGUAUUCAUUUUCUCUCUUCCAUUUUUGCUGCUUUGCCGAUAAGGGUCCUCUUGAUUGAAUCACAGUAACUUAUAAUGUCAAUUCAUCUUGUUCUGGGAGAAAUCAAAUUUUGUUUCCCGUCGUGAUGAGGAAAAAUUGAAGUAUUUCAUGUGAAAAAAUACAAAAAGUAUAGAAAGACUGUGACACUAUGGCUCUCUCAUUUCAUCUGUGUUGAGCAUUGUUUUUUUUUAAAUAAAAGUGAAAUUUGAAAAUAUUAUAACUUUUCUAUUUUACACCCGAUUUCUGUGAAAUCUUUAAUAUUAUGCUUGUUUGAUUUCUUCAAUUUUCUAAAUUAACUUUGUGUUAGAGUGAUAUGAUAGCAUAUGCCAAUUAAACUUAAGCGUUUUUUUUAAUAGAUUUUAUAAAAAGAUUUUAUUGAGCAGGUGCUAUGUAUGCUUGAAAACUCGUUCAUACAUAGAUUCGCAGGCCUAUUUCAGGAAAUUAAAGUAGGCCUACUGUGUUUUCUUGAAACUUCGUACUUGCAAACAUUUGAUAGUUUAAUUAAUUUGAAAUUUUAUUAUGAUUUACGAGUUAUGUUACAAAGAAAAUUGUUCCCAUCCUUUAAAACAAAAUUGUAGAAUAAACAAAGACCCUUCAUUUUAGGAACAAUGAAUCGUUUAGGGGUAAACGGUCAAAAGCAGUGAUUAGACUGACUUGUUUCAAACGUUUCUUUUAAGCGGGAAGAACGUUCUGGGGACAAUUUGUACUCUCUGAAAGAAAAAGAGCCAAUCUAAUCCCCAAUAACACUCCUCUUGGAGUAAUACUAUAGGGACCAAUCCCUUUGGAGUGAACUGUACAUCCAUUUAGAGUAUAUUAUGACUCCUUUUGGAGUGAACUGCAAGAAGAUACUUAUAAAAGGGGGCCUUCACCCUACAAGCUCUGCUUUUUAGUUGAUCUCCUUCCCUUUCGAUUUCAUGGUAUUAUUGUAUUAUAAAAAUUGAUUUAAAUGUUAUAUUUUGUAAAUAUGUAUAUUGAACUAUCAUUGAAAGAUGAAAUAAGUGAAUUGAAUUGAACCAAUAAAGAGGCACAUGCAGUAAUACUAUAGGGACCAAUCCCUUCGGGGUGAACUGUACAUCCAUUUAGAGUACAUUGUGACUCCUUUUGGAGUGAACAGCAAGAAGAGGCACAUGCAGUUCACUCCAGAAGGUGUUAUAAUGCAUCUAAACGAGUGUACAGUUCACUUCAACUUCAAGGGGAUUGGUCCCUCACUCCAAGGGGGUGUGAUUAGGGGCUAGAUUGGCUCUUUUGCAUUUAGAGAGAACACAUUUUAAAAUUUGUUAUGAGUAACUUUCAAACAAUGAGAACUUCUUCCCUGAAAACAUAUCCGACUAUCACUCGCUCGCCGUUAGAAACUGAUAUUGAUAACAAGAGGUGCAUAUUGUGCUAUUUGUGUGGAAAUGUGUUUCAUAGUUCGGUAUCAAGAAUACAGAAAUUUAUAUAUAGUACAAAAAUCAGACAUAAUUAAACAAAAUAUGUGAUGACAAAAACAGAAUAUAAAUUAUUCAAAAACAUCAACAUUUGUAAAAAUAUAGAAACAUAACAAACAAAAGUAACAUGAAAGGAAAUAAAUCACAUCAACAUGAAUGUAAAACAACAUCAUGUUUAAAAAUAAGAGAAAGAAAGAAGUAAUAUUUUCAAAUUGUUGAUUUGCGUGCUGAAAGAGUUUAUGUCAUUGAUCAUUCUAAAUGUUGCCGGGUAAAGAAUUGAAAAGUUUGGAUACACGAUACAAUUGGACUGCUUUUAAUAAAAUUUGUGUGGGGGUCUUGAAAGGGUUAUUUGUGUUGUUCACGCAAUUCUUGAUAUCAAAAAAGAAAGUUGGAUAUCAAGAAAUUGAAAUAAAGGAUAAAACGGCUGUUGACACGUACAGUAUGUUGGCAUAUAGGUGACAGUCUCAUAAUUCUGAAAGCGUUACAAAUUUCGUGAUUGUUUAUAUCCGAAUUUUUAAUGUCAUCUCUUUUAUAAUUGGGUAAAAAUGCUCCAUAAGGGUAAUUAUGUGUCCAACUAACAUUGGGCAUUUCCUUUGGGUAAUUUUAGUUAUCCGGUGUGAUGAAAAUUUUGCCCAUUUUAAAGUAAUUGCUGCUUAUUUUUUUAACCUUACGGGACAACGUGCUUCCCGCAUUGGGUAAAAUACUUCCCCAAAUUGGUUGGACACAAUUACCCUCGUGCUGGUUAAACAAUUUACCCAUUGUUUUUUUUACAGUGUACGGCAACUUUGGGGGGUAUUUUGCUUAUAUUUUUAUGACAAUCGUCACUGGCAAGUUUCAGAAAUGCAGUGAUAUAUUUUUU